AUGAAAAAUAAUAAUUAUAUAGUUAAAGACAUCUAUUAGGAGAAAAAUAAAGGGAGAAUCUAUGAUUUCCAUAAAAAGAAAUUAGAGGAGAUAAAUUAAUAGUAUCCAAAAUUGGAAGAUUAGAAAAUAAUGAAGAAAUUAAUGGAGAAGCACAAUAUGAUUAAAACAGUUUCUAAAUUUUAUAAUUAAGAAGCUUUUCUUGAACAACAGAGAGUGAAUUAGCAUCUAAUUCUGAAAAUUAUGUAACCUCAAACUAGCAAAACCAGAUCUCAACAUAAUCAAUCAAGAAAAGAAUACGCUAAAAUAAAUUUUGAUACUAAGCGAAUUAGUGAAGAAAAUCGUAGUCUAGCAAAUAGAAUUACUAAUUUACCUCCUGUUAUUGAUGCUAAAAAACAUGACAAGGAAUAUCGAAAGCAUUAGAGUGAUGUUGUAUUAAUGUAGAAGUAUCACACUACAAAAUUUAUCGAACAAUAAGAUCAAAAAACAUUUCAAAUACUCAAUAAAUUGACGAAUAACAAAUUCAACAAGAGCAAAUUUGGCAAUUUCAAAUUCCUAUCAACCAUAAAUAAACAGACUAAGUUUAUGAUGAUCAUAAUAUAAGAGAUGGAAUUGUUCGGAGUAAAGAAUUGCUCGUUUAUGAGUAAAAACACUCCAACUUAUUAAUGCUCCGUAUUUUCAGAUUAAAAAUGUUUAUGCAAAAGCAAACCUUUAGAAUAUAAUGAAUUUCUGGAAAACAUAAUUGGAUUCAACUGCUAAGAUUUUACAUCAAUCUAUGUGGUCAUAGAAAAGAUCAAAUAAAAUGAAGAAUUUUAAGUAGGAGAGGUAAUAUAUUGUGAGAGUUACUCACACAUACACACACAUCCUCUAAAGGAUAAUAUAAUUGCUAGGAUUUCGGAUGAAAUUGAUGGCGAAAUAAGAAAGAAUAUCUCAGAUGAACAAGUAGUCAUAGGGAGACUAAAAUACAAAAUACUAUCACUAUGUCAAUAAAGCCAUGAUAACAAGUUAUUAGUGCCUCCAGCAUCUUAUGCUAUCUAAAUUAAACACUCAACUCCCUAACCUUCAAUCAAAGAACCUGAAGAAAUUCCAUCAUAAUAAUUAAUAUGA